AUGUGGUGCGGCUUGGCAAGUGGUUCGUUCAGCCGAGCACGAACAGUGAGCGAGCAAUUGGGAAAAGCUCGCUGCAUCCAUCGUUUUCGUAUGCAUUCUUCGUGCACGGCGAUAGCACCGUGUGUGCCUCGAUGGACAUCCGGGAGCAUCCGCCGGUACGGCCACUAACGAUGCAGCAUCUGGAGGAAGCGCUGGCCCAUCAAUCGGUCCCAUCGGGCAGCGGCAACGGCGGUAACAACAGUGGCACCGGUGGCUUGGUACCCGCUGGUCCCAACACUACACCUUCCGUUACCGGACAAAAUGGCAACCAACCGGGGGCAUCUGUGGCCGGAGAAGAUGCGGCUAACGGUGGCACGGUAUCUGUCAACGCCACGGUCAGUAAACCGCGCUCGGUCAUCCUGGCACCGUUCGGGCUGGCCGGUACACUUACUGGCCAGAGCUACAAGGCGAACGAUCCACAGACGCAAAAGCUGCUCGAUGAUUGGAGCGCUUUCUAUCCGAUCUCGAACAAGAGCGUCAGCCUGAACGCGGACAGUGCGGACGCGGUGCCACCGAUCGUGGAGAUCAUGAUCGGUGGCGUGAAGAUGCGGUAUCCCUCGAAGUACGUGCUGGUGACGGACAUGGACGACUGGUCGCCACCGGCCAACGACAGCUGCUCGACUGAUGCAGCAGCCAAAACUGGUGCCAGCACCACCGGAGCAGCUGCCACGGUGAAUGGGGCCUCCAACAAUCAAACCACCGCCGCUACUACAACGACGGCCACAGCAGCAGCGGCCGCCGCUUCCGCUCUUAACGCGGCCUCCGUGAAGCGAGAGCCAACGAUCGACGCGAAAAGCGAACGCUCGUCGUCGACCGUUGGUGUUGGUGGUAGCGGUGGUCCCACUUCUUCUUCCUCAGUCAAUUCGGGCAACAAUCAAAUCGGUGCUAUCGCCACCGGCAGCAGUAGCAAAGACCUCAACGGUAGCGCAGAUGGCACUGGCAGUGCCAGGUCGCUGCAACAGCAUCAGCAACCACGUCAUCACAAAUCGAUGAUGACCCCACCGCUCACGGUGCCGGAAUCGCCAUCGAACGAUCUCGGCAAUCCGUACAGUAUGUCGUCGGCGCUGAUCAACAAGUCGGCCGCCGUCAUCCUGCCCGAGCGCGUCUGGCAGGACUGCAUCAUGCAUGCACCGGGUGCAUCAGCCCCACCAACCAGCGGCAGCGGCACCGCAGCAGCAGCAGCUACAGCAGCAACCAUGACUUCCAUCGGGCCCAUCAAAGUGGAACCGAAGGAUACGAGUGGUGCCGCUACCGGAGGUACCGGUGGAGAUGAGAACUCGUCGGCUGCGGCCAACGGCGUGGAUGCCAACGGGAACUCGUCCGUCUGGGAAAUCAGCAAUCCGACGACCAAGGUGUACUGCUCCUGCAUCAAAUCAAACCAAAAAUGUUCAACAAACACCUCAUCGGCGUCGGUUGGUGGGAGCGCUAAUGCCGGUAGCAACGCCCCCGGUAGCACGACACCGUACGGUGGUCCACCGUCGUACUGUCGGAAUCCGCUCUCGAUCGGUGACUCGCAUCCGCUACCAUCGGAAGGUUCACCGGCCAGUGCCGCACCGUCACCGAUGCAGCCAUCGUCCGUAUCGCAACCGACUUCGGUUCCUUCGGGCGAUCAGCUCAUCACCCUUUCACCUCACCCGCCGGCCUCAAACAAUCCACGUAGCGUGCAACCGGGCACCCCCUCCUGUCUGGAUCAUCUGGACAAGAAUACGCCGGCACCGACGCCGACCGAUCAGCAUGACAGUAAGAGCAUUACGGCGUCACCGUACCACACACCCUCGCACCCGGGUGGCAGUGGACCUGGUGGGACGGGUGGAAGCGGCGGAGGUGGUGGUGGUGGUAGCGGAGCAUUAAGCGAACAGCAGCAACAAAACCAGCAGCAAAACCAAUCCCAAACCGGUGCGGCUGCUGGCAGUAGUAACAACAGUGCGAGCAGCAGUACCAGCAGCUGUAACAGUACGGCCAGUACGCACAGCUCAUUGAAGGCGUCACCCCGGAAUGCCGCUGGUGGUGGUACUGGUUUGAAAGUGCGCUCCGAUAUGUCACUCGGCGCAUCGUCUUCGUCGGUGGCCGCAACGUCGAUUGCUGGCAGUGGUGUUGGCGGUGUACCGAUGACACCGAGCAUACACAGCGUGUACAGUACCGCGCAUCAGACGGCCGUGGCCAACAAUCUGGCCAGCAAACGGGAAUCCAUCCUGCAGAUGCUGCAGUCGCUGAAGCGACCAUCGCUGUACUGCAAGGAUUACGAGACGCUACAGAGCGAAGAUAUUCCAAGCACGUCGCAGCUCCUCUACGAUUAUACGUCGGUCGAUGCUUGGAUGAAUCAUCCGGUGAAGCGGAUGCGAUUCGCACCAGAAGAGACGCGAUUGGUGCGGCAAAUCCGGAACCUCGAUCUGUACGCCAACGAGCGCACGAGCUUCGGCGGUGGCAGUGGGCUUGGGGGCGGUUGUAACAGUCUGCUGAUGAGAGGCCUAGAGUCCGGUACCGAGGGUCUAUCGAACCACCAUCUGCACGGUGGCGUUGCCAGUGGUGGCGCUGGUGGUUGUGGUGAUAUGACAACGAGCAACGGUGCCACCGGUGCGCAAUCGGCGGCAACGGGAGGCUUGCUCGGACUCGGCCAGAUCAAAAUGGAGCUCGGUUGCGAUGGUAGUGGUGGUGGCGGCGGCGGCGGCGGCAAUACACCGAACGGAACGGCCGGUGGUGGUGAUCGUGUGAAUGGAUCCGGUGGUAGUACCGGUGGAGGUAACGGCGGGGACACCUUACUCGGCGAGCACGAGAUUAAGAAGGAGAAAGAGGACAAAGCUGGCGGCGGCGGCGGGUACAGUUUGCUGACGGAUCAGGACCUGCAGCCAUCGAUCGACGAUCUGAAUCAGAUCUUCGACGACGGUGGACCGUUCAACGAUGAUGCGGACAUGCACAACACACCGCCGGGUUCGAACAAAAGCAGUAGCGGUAGCGGAAACGGAUUCUCGGAGGAAGGCAAACGGUACCCUCACUCGAACCAUCAUCAUGGUGUGAACACGGGUAUGCUAAGCCCGAAAGAGCUAUCGCAGAUGUUCCCGACGCCACCGAGCCUCGAUCCACACCCUAACUCGAGCCCCGGUGGCGGUGGUUGCCUGUCGGAUGGUGGUAUCGUGAUCGAUACGAUGGUCGACCUGCAGAUGUCGCUCUCUUCUGGUGGUAUCGGUGGUAUUGGUGGUGGUGGUAGUGGUGUUGGUGGCGGUACUGUCCAUGGGACGACGCUAGGAAAUUUGCUGAGUGGACCUCCGGUACCAACCGUACCGAACCUCGGCAGUCCACAGGAGGAACCGAUCGAUGAUUGGUCAUUUGUGUUUCUUCCACCGGCCGUGUGCCCGUACGUGGGCUCUUCCAAGUAUGCUCCGCUUGCUAACCUACCGAGCCAGCUGGCACCACCGCCGGUAGGACCUCCGGGGGCCAAUCUCGUGUACAAAUCGACUCGCCAAAAGCAGAAAGAGAAGGCGGCCGAACGAGAACAAAAGCAAAAGCAACUACGGGAGCACCAGGAACGCGACGCGAAUGGCGGUGACCAGCAGCAGCAGCAGCAGCAGGAUGGACACAGCAAUGUCCCCGCCAGCACGACCCCAUCCGUGCCUGCAUCCGUCGGUUCCGGAACCACCGGUAUCAGCUCGCUGCUGGGCACCCCAGCGGGGUUAGUCGGGUCUGGUCUGUUGCCGAUGUUAAAACAGGAACCAUCCCUGAUGGUACCGCAACCACUCAGCACACCGAACUCACUGCUUGGUGGUCUCAAUGGUUCGGCGAGCCAUCCCUACUCGAACCCGCCCUCGCAAGGAGCUCAAUCGCAGCAACUGUCGCGACCCUCCUCGGUGAACUCACUUCCCGGUGGUAUCGUUGGUGGUGGUGGUGGUGGUGGUGCCGGUAUGAUGAGCCCUUCACCGACAGGUGCUGCCGGCGGCGGUAAUGGCGGAGGUGGACUGUUUCAUCCGACGAUGGGUGGCAUACCGGUGCCAUUGCGCCAGGGCAUGUCACCGAUUUCACCGGCCACUCCGGGCGGUUCGAUGCGUGUACCGACACCCGGCGUACCGCUACCCUAUCCCUCACCGUUGGGUGGUGCAGCGGCCGGUAGUCCCAAUCCCAUGGCGUUCCGGCGUGCGACGCCAUUGUUACCGCCUCCACCGUACGAUGUCGCCAUCGCUAGCCCGGCCAACUCGUCCUAUCACACCAAACAGUUCCCGCUCGAUGACGCUGGACGGCCUGGAUCGCGCGGCCCCUUAACACCCUCGGGAGGAGCGCUAGGGCCGGGAUCGAACGCCGUGGGCAUGGCUGGAAUGACUCCCGGUGGUGUCGGUGGUCCAUCGACAGUGAAUGGUUUCGGCGGCGGUGGUGGUACUACCGGACUGGGCAACAAUGCAACCACUGGACAUGGAACGCAAGCUGGUGCUGGUGCUGGUUGUGGUGGGUUAAGAUCGACAACGAUCGAAGCGAACGCACUGCUGGUUAAUAUGCUACUAUACGAUACGGCACUGAACAUCUUUCGGGAUCACAACUUCAAGAGCUGCACGCUCUGUGUAUGCAAUGCGGGCGCUAAGUGUGUCGGCAACAUCCGGGGUGGUGACAGUGGGCUUUAUCAUGCCCUGCCCGGUACCAACUGGAUGGAUUCGGUGGUAGCCGCGAACAGUGGCAGUAGUGGUGAGACGGCGGACGGUGCCGCAGCGGCUGGUGGAAGUGCUGUUGCCAAUCGUAACACCAAAGCGCCUGGCGGUGGUAUGUUGGCGCAUCUGGGGUUGACUGGUGGUCCGACGAAUAGUGGCAACGGUAGUAACGGAACAGCGGCCGUUACCAUCAGUGCGGACAGUUUACAGAAUGGGUACCUGGACGAGGAUCCGAUCGAUUGCCAGUGUGGUUUCAGUGCCGUCGUUAAUCGGCGAAUGGCGCACCGAGCCGGGUUGUUCUUCGAGGACGAGAUGGAGAUUACGGGCAUGGCCGAGGAUCCGGCGAUACACAAGAAGAGCUCACUGUUUGAGUUUCUCAACGGUACGGCUAAGGCGAUCAAACCGUCUGCAGAUGGAUCGUCGACAGGCGGAGGAGGAGGCAGCAGUGGGGGGAACGGUGGCACCGGCGCCACCACCACCACCACCGUCGCAACCGCGACGAAUAGCUGCGAGAGCUUACCGCUUACGCUGAAGGUGAUGGAUCUGCUGCGCGAACAGUGCUCGAUGGUGCAGAGUUCCAGUAAUUCGAUUCAUCGUGCCGUUAGCCGGUAUCGGGGACCCCUGUUUGGUCGUGGUGCUGAUGCCGCCACCAUCCAUCUGCUAGAGUACGUGGACGCGAAUGAUGUGAUCAGCUUGGCGCUGGAACAGGGACGGCUGCAGGCAAUCAACGAGAACAAGCAACUCGAUCAGCAUCAGCUUGACCAGCAGCAGCAGCAACCGGUGACGGGUGGAAGUAACAGCAACAGCAGCAACGGUUCCGGUUCAUUAGUUGGUAAUGCACUGGCACUUGCGAAGGGUGGUGGCGUGGUGCCACGGGGCACGAUGAACGUGCACAAGUGGCCAUUCUUGCGGGCCGGUGGUCCGAAGAGCAAUCAGGACAUUGUACGGAUGAUGAAAUCCAUGCAACCACUGCUGCAGGACGCAUUCCAUAAGAAGUGCACGACGAGGCUCUGGGACGCACCGUACACAAUUCAGGGGCCGCUAACGUGGCGUCAGUUCCAUCGGCUCGCCGGACGUGGUACGGGCCAGUGUGAACCACAACCGAUUCCAUCGCUGAUCGUAGGCUACGAGAAGGAUUGGCUCUCGUUGGCACCGUAUGCGCUGCACUAUUGGGACAAGCUGUUGCUCGAACCGUACUCGUAUCCGAGGGACGUGGCAUACGUUGCGAUCGUACCAGAUAACGAUUAUGUCGUGUCGAAGGUGCGCACGUACUUCAAGGAGCUUAGCACCACGUACGAGAUGUGCAAGCUGGGCCGGCACACGCCGAUCAAGGGUUGGGAUGGAUUGCUGCGUGUCGGCGCUCAGCGUGUCCUGAAGGAAACGUCCAACUCCAACCUCGACGAGUGGUUCACCAACAUGGGCAUGACGACGGCGGACAUGCAGCGCGCCGGUGGCAAGAAUGGUACCGCCGCCGGUAGUAGUGGUCGUGCAGCGGCCGGGUCAAGCGGAUCGUCUACCUCUUCUUCAGCUACGCCCUCUUCCUCCACGACAUCAUCUGGAUUGAAUGAGUUGUUGCGGCUGUACGCACAAACGUGCCAGCAGCAGCUUGCCCCAUAUCUGUCGAAGGUACCCUCGGACAAGAGCCUUCUCGAUCCACCCGAAAGUCACCACACGGGAUCGUCAUCGUCGGCUUCGUCGGGAUCGGGAUCUGGUGGCGGUGGUGCUGGCAGCGGUAGCGCCGGUGCCGGUGGCUCUUCCUCAUCCCUUGGCAGUGGAUCGGCCGGUGCUGGUGGUAGCGCGAUGGGCAUGAACCGUGAUGGACCCGGACAGAGUCCGAUGCCACCGCCACCGCCGAGCACACCCGAUCCAUCGCAACCGGGCGAUAAGGCACCGAACACGCCCAAGUUCGAUCACGAUGCUGAUAAUCGGGAUCAGCUGAAUGCGUCCUCGUCGAGCCCGGCGGAUGCGAUGCGAAUCGAUGACGAUGGUAAGGAUCCGCCUCACAUCGUGCUGUACAUUGUUGAGCCGUUCACCUGUGGCAACGAUUCGCCGGACGUCGAGCGGUUAGCGUGCCUUUCGCUGCUUCGGUGCUAUUCGAACAUCCUCAAUGCGGUGCCGGAAUCGAUCCGGAGCAAUAUCAGCGUACAGAUCGUGUCACUGGAAAGCAUUCUUGAAUUAGGACGGGCAAGGAACCGGUUGCGGUUGAGCGACCAUAUGCGCUGUCUGGCGCUGAGCGUCUUCUCGCAGAGCCGCAAGUACCUAGCGCACAGUAACACGGUGAAGAGUCUGACCGGUUUCGGUACGGCCGCGAACGCGGAACAGUUCAUCCGGGGGAAGGACGAUAAGAACCGGGUACCGUACCGGUUGUACACACCACCGUACGUGUUGGCCAAGUCGAGCGAGAAGAGUGAAAAUACGGAAUCGUUCGGAAAACCGAGCAUCAAGCAGCAGUGUUCGAUCAUGUACUGUAGCUACUGCCUGAGCGAGGACCAGAGCUGGUUGUUGGCGGUGGCGACGGACGAUCGGGGCGAGUUCCUUGAGACUGUCACGAUCAACAUCGACAUUCCGAACCGUGCCAGACGGAAACGGGCCUCGGCCCGUCGGUAUGGUCUGCAAAAGCUGAUGGAUUUCAUCCUCGGGUUGAUCUCGCAGACGGUGCAACCGUGGCGGCUGGUCGUUGGCCGUAUCGGACGGAUCGGGCACGGUGAGCUGAAGGGUUGGAGCUGGUUAUUGAGCAAACCGAACUUGCAACGUGCGUCGAAACACCUGAAGGACAUCUGCGAGCAGUGUUCACUGAUGCAUCCGAUCUCGGUGCCGAGCAUACUGAGUGCCUGUCUGGUCACGCUCGAGCCGGACUCGGAUCUGCGUGUCAUGUCGGAUCAGUUCACACCGGACGAACGGUUUAGCCAGCGGUCGAUGCAGUCGGCCCUUUCAACUCCGCAGGACGCCACCUGUACCCACAUUCUGGUGUUUCCGACCAGUGCCAAGGCACAGUCUGCCCAAGUGUCUUUCAGUGCGAUCGGUGAGCUGGACAUCAAUGAGGACCUCAACAAUCUGAUCAUGGACGGUGACGACGAUGAUGAUGGCAUGCUGGGUGCGAGCGAUCUGCUGGGCUUCUGGGAUGAUCUGCCAAUGCAACCGCAGAUGCCCUCACGGCCCGGCAGUCCGUCGCAGUUCGAGGGUAACCAGCAGAGUCCGGGCGAACGGGGAUCGAAUGGGGCCGGUUCGCGCGAUGGCUAUGGAUCGCAGGAUUCUGAGGAGGUCGGCGUGGUGUUGCAACAACCGUUGGCGAUCGGAUAUCUGGUCUCGACCGCACCGACCGGCCGGAUGCCUGCCUGGUUCUGGUCCUCCUGUCCACAUUUGGAGAACGUGUGUCCGGUGUUUCUGCGCACGGCGUUACACUUGCACAGCCCGACGAUCCUGCAGAACACGGAUGAUCUGCUGCAGCAGAGCCAAUCGUCGACCGAACAUCCGCUCGACUCGAACAUUACGGCCGACGUGCUACGGUACGUGCUCGAGGGCUACAACCUGCUGUCCUGGCUGGCAAUGGACUCGAACACCCAUGACCGGCUGUCCUGCCUGCCGAUCCACGUGCAGGUGCUGAUGCAGCUCUAUCACAUGACCGCCGCCUUGGCGUAAGCCCUCCUGCAGAAGGUCCAUCAUGAGCUGAGAAAGAGGGAGAAGUAGGAGAAAUUCAGAAUUGUUUUACUUCAUCUCUCGCCGAUGGGAAGGCGAGAUGGGAGCCACAGGAGUAUUCAUCAUCUUCCGAUCAAAUAGUGAUCAUACCCACCACUACCACAACCACCACCACAACCCGCUCUUGACCCUGACGGUCUUCAUCUGUCUGUGAUAUUAGAUAAAACGAAGAGAAGGAAAAGCACAUAUAUGCGCGCGCAGCAAGAUGUGGAGUGUGAGGUGCGUGCAAACCGAGGCAGAUAAGUGGCAAGUUGUAUAGCACCCACACACUCAAAACGCAAACAAAAAACCUUCUUUUUGGGGCAAACACAUCAGCAACCAGCAGCAGCAGAGAGAUGCUACCAUUAGCUAGACACUUCCCGCUCACAACACCCACACACAUACACACACACACAAACAGCCCGCAAUCAAUAGUUAUGUUCGUUCGGCCAUUGUGUGUGUAUGUUUUAAAAGUUUAAUUUGCUACUGCCGUACUAUUUAAAAUGCAAUAUUAUUUUAACGCUAGUCUGCUUCACUUACUAUCUUUCUGUGAAAGCCCGUUGUAAGCUUUUAAUCAGACGGUGAUUCCGAUUCCGAUUGAUUUUUUAAAAUGUUUUUUGUUUUCUUCAAGCAGCUAUGUUUUAAUUUGUGGUAUGUUUUCCUUUUAAAUUGUGAAAUAUGCCCGACAAAGUAUUAUUGUAACGAUUGUAGCAUUCGUGAUAUUUAUGUUUCUCGUCAAACCUUGUGAGCUGCUAGGCUGGAGAGAUCAAAUGUAAAUGAAAUGGUGGAUCGCAGUUAAUGGUCCUUUUUCAAGUGCUAACUUUUUUUCUUUUUUAAUAUCUUAUUCCGCUCAUUGGUACACACAUUUUAUUAAAUUUAUCAUCCUCCAUCAUACUUCUCUAAAUCUCGGUGUGUGUGGAGUAGCAGCUGCAUGAUGUUGGACUGCUAGUGUUUGCUCCAAGUGGGAAGGAUUAAGGAAUCAAACUAAAUGCUUAACGCGAGAUGAGAUGCCGGAGAUAAUUUAGAGGUGUAUAAUUGCGGCAAAGUUCGCCAACAUGUCAAUUGUCUAAGGGGAAAAAAAAACACAUUGGAAAAACACUCUCACUCACAAAAAACAUUUUGAACAAUCUCUUUCUGCCGCGCGAUGUGCGGGGUCGUUGGUGUGGCGUCGUCCAUUUUUGUUUACUUGUUUCGUUCUGUAAACUGUUUGGGUUUUGCGUUUAUUUAUUCAAUGGUUCACCGGGCGCGCUUCAGCACUUGAUAGUGGAGAUCCGGUCGAAUCGAAGCGAUUUAAAGGCUAUUUUUGUACAUACCUUACUACUCAAUCGCAAAACGGAAGGCUGGGAGCGUAAUGUGGAGGAACAGUGGAGUGGAGAGAUCGUUAGAGACAGAAACAGAGUGAGAGGAGGGGGAGGGGGGGGAGGAAGACGAGGUACAGAAGUUGUCGAGUGGCCAACGAUGGAAAUGAAGAACGAUGGAAAUGAAGAGUAAGGGAAAAUGUAGCGAUUCAUACAUCAUUUUGGAUGAAUAUCAUUGUCAUGCCUCGCGGACUGCAGAAAACCAUAUGUUCCACGUAAUACCAAUGAGGGGAGCACACGCCCAAAACGAACCAAAUCAUCAGUAGAGGCGUGCAGAAUCGAAAAGAUAUUCAAAGCAAUUAUCUUUGCAUCGUCUUCCUCUGCUUAUCCCAAUGUCUCUCACUCACUCUCUGUCCGUCUUUAACCUUCACUAGUUGGCUUCACUCGCCAAAAAAAAAAAAAAAAACAAAA